AUGAAUAUCCCGUCGUUACUUGGUGACGGUCAGGGCAACUAUAGAGUACAUGUCGUGGGCAAUAGUGGCACUGGCAAGUCGACUGUAAGCGCGUAUAUUGCCAUGAAACUCAAUGUGCCACACAUCUCUCUGGAUGCAUUUUUCUGGGGACCUGGGUGGACAAUGCCGAAUUCAAAUGACGAGUUCGAGGAGAAAGUUUCCGCUGCGAUGUCGCGCAACAAGGGAUGGGUCAUUGACGGCAAUUACUAUAGUACCCUUGGCACGCUCAUCUCCGAUCAUGCAACAGAUGUCAUUUGGCUCGACCCACCUCUAUGGUUGUACUUGCCACGAAUCUUUUGGCGUACGCUUCUUUGCCUGUUGAACAUAAUUCCGACCUGCGCAGAAGGAUGCGAUGAAACUUGGGGAGAGGUCUUAUCAACGAAAGGCAUCAUCUGGUACUGCAUUUCCCGCCAUGGAUUUUGCAAACGCAAGUUCGGUGGAAUGCUCGCUCGUACCUCGAUUGAAAAAGGAGGGAAUAUGAGGCGCCUCAAUGAGUGGGAUGGCGAUUUAACGACAUGGAAGGCUGGAUUCGAGGAGAUGCUGCACACACGCUAA